GGGGUGUCUGUGACCAUGGACCGCAGGAAGAAGCCGCUGGACGUCACGGCCUCCUCGUUAGUGGACCUCAAGGCUGAACUUUUCCGAAAACAAGAAGAAUUCAAACAAGAAAAGCUUCUCAAAGAUGCUGGAGUUCCAGGGAAAGCGAAAUCAACCAACAAGAAACCGAGUAUCUGGAACAAACAGAAUGCGGGUGUUUCAGAACGGGCUGAAAAAGAUGCUGAGCAGAAGAUCGAGGAGCAGAAGACGUUAGACAAGUCAAGGGAAAAAUUAGAAGAGAAGACCAAAUUGUAUGAACAAAUGACUAAAGGAGACUUCUUAGAUGAAGAAACAGAGGGUAUGUACCUUGUGGAUUUCACGCAGAAGAUCAUAGACAAACGAAAAGAAAUGCAGGCCCUAAACCUGAACAAAGAAUCUAAACAGACCACAGGAAAGGAGGAAGAUGGAGACGAAGAUCUUUCUGAAGCCGAUAUACCUCCUCCCCAAGACCCCAGUGAAGAAUGGGUUGAUUAUGUGGAUUCUUUAGGCCGUUCUAGACGCUGUAUGAAGAAGGAUUUGCCAGGCCUGUUGGAAAUGGAUAAAAGUCUUAAGGGAAAGCCGUACGUUAGUGACAAAACUUUGUUGUCAGAAGAUAUGAGAAGAGAGCUUCAACGACAGCAGUGGGAGGAGGAGGAGAAGGAGGCUCUGAGCAGACCAGUGGGGCCUGUCCACUAUGAGGACAUUCGGGAAAAUGAGGCCCGGCAGCUUGGUGUUGGAUAUUUCGCCUUUGCCCGAGAUAAAACACUGAGAAACAAGCAAAUGGAGACUUUAGAGAUGCUGCGAGAGCAGACUACAGACCAAAGAACCAGACGGGAAAACAUCAAAGAAAAGAGAAAGGCCCUGCUGGAUGCCAGGCUUGCAAAACUGAGGCAGAGAAAGAUGAAGAAGCUAAAGGGCGAUGGGCCUGAGGAAGAGAAUGGAGGAGCCCAAGCAGAAGAAGAGCAGGUCAUUGGGCCCCUCCCACCAGAACCAGAGGUGACCCCAGCUGCCCCAAGGAGCAAAGUGGAAGUCAUUGUCCAGGAGAGAAGAGACACCAAGCCGGGCGUCCCUUAUGUCCGAGAGUGGGACAGAGGGAAAGAAUUUUCUUUUGGACACUGGACAAAGAGGCAGUCGGAUCUCAGGGCUGAAAGAGAUCCUGAGUUUGCCCCACCAUCAGAUUACUUUUCGAGCCAGAAGAGAACGGGUCAUUUCAGUAGCCAGACUUGGAACCGAUCUGCACCUUCACACAGCACCUCGGGACUUGGCUCCAGCCAGAACAAUGAAUCUUUCUCCAAAACAUCCCCCGAUUCCCCAGGAAAAGCCCCCAGCCCCCCUUACCAAAGUCUGGAUGAUAUGCUCUCAUAUUACAAACAAGUGACAUAGGCAUUCAAAGGCCUUGGACAGUAAUUUCUGCUCUGCCGACUCUCUCCUGUAGAGGAAGAAUCUUGACUUUAAAGAACAUCGAUUUGCUCCCCUUAGCCUUUCUGUGGGAGGUGAGAUCACCGUGUGGCAUUAAAGAAAUGUAAGUCAUUAGAAUGCUGUUAACCUGAACAGAAGAGUCCAGCAAAAUUGAGACCCUGGGAAUUCUGCUGCUCCUGGGCUGGUGUAUCAUUGUAAUUGGAUUAAAGUGCUAUUGGAAUUGUAAUGGAAAUAUUCCUUCAUA